CCCCAAACAGUUGCAAUCAGAGGAUCCUUUGCAGUCUGCUCACUACAACUCCAACUUGAUCAAAUGCAUGAUACUCUUUGCACUUGGCCAUUUGCACUCUUGAGAGGGUUCUUGGAUGUUUUUGUUGGACUUGUGUGAAGCCUUCCUGCAAUUCAUACGUUGAUUUAUCCCGGGAGUUUUGUUUAUUGCUACUCAAGCACAAUCCCGUUCAAAGCAUCAACAAGUUGCACCAUGGCUUUGGAUGCUCAGAGGUUCAAGGACCAUUGCCUCAUCAUUGUGGGCGACGGUGGAAGGGCCGAUCAAAUCUUGGCCAGGAGGCGUUUGGCAGCGGGUGGCCGUUUGGCACACUUUCAGACCAAGGGGUCACAAGAUCCCAGGGUCGUCCUGCAGGCCGUGGAGGACGGCAGCACCUUCAACUUCUUUACUUGGCAGCCGCCCUCCGCGAAGAUGGGUGUUUCGAAGUUUGCGCAAAAGUUGCAGGGCAAGACUCGGACCUUCUGGACGAAGAACGGUCCUGAUGGUGUUGACUUGGGCGAGAACCUGCAGUCCUUGACCCUCAACGUCGGCACCGAUGGAAAACUACGCCACUUGACCCUUACAGAUGAUGAUGGCAUCGUCCUCGUUGAGAUGUCCGGGGAGAUUGUGCUGGACGUGGAUGAGCACACAGCCAAGACCUAUGAAGUGGACGUGGAAAACCCAGAGAUCAAUGCCUUCGGAAGUUUCUCAUGGCGCUUCGUACGCUUGGCUUUGCUGGUACAACUUCUUUGGCACGCUGCGAAGCUAAGCUUGUCGAUCGCCUUCGAGCAAGACAUCACGCCGGGCCGUGUGCCAUGGGCCCGGAACCUGCUCUCAGCGCUGAACUGGACGAUGACAGGCAACAUCGUGUGUACCGAGAUGUGGUCCUACAGCUUAAGCGGGGAGCCAGCGUCGGGUGGAACUCAUGUGGUGGCCAACUUGAGCGCCACGGUGGCCAUCAUGGCUGUGAGCUACUUUCAACUCUCUGAAUUUCUACUGUGUGUGGUGGGAGCCACGGCCAGUUUGGCGACAGCGCCAGCCUUCCAAUAUUUCAACACCAGGGACAGUCACCCCGAUCGACUUCUCUUGCCGCAUAUCCUGUGGACUUUCGCGCAGGUGUGUGGAACGGUUGGAUGCUUUGUUGUGUUCGGCAUCAUUGGACAAGUCUAUUCUCUUCUGUUGGAGAGUGGACAGAGCCUGGCAGCGUCCUUCUUUUUGCCGUUCGGCACCGCCUUUGGGGAGACGGGCAUGGUGAUCUUCACCCGAAUAGCCUAUGAUCGGCUGGUGCACUCCAAGAAAAUCAACGGCCAAGGGCCUUUGGCUGGAGAUCAAAUCUAUGUGGCUGCGCCCUGCUUGAUUUUCUCUGCCCAUGGCUUUGCCGAAGCCUGCCGUUUGGCAGCCACCUUGGCCGGAGCCAUCAACAGCGGCGGCUUUGCAUGGGUUCCUACCACUUGUUUGGGAGUGGCAUUGAACCUAUCGGCUCGACUUGGCUGGUCUCGCUUCAUGCUCAUCCAGCUCACCAAAAAGCUCAAAGGGGGCCCAGCAGCAAUGGCCAUUUUCGCGCCAACGGGCUGGAGCAAAUUUCAUGAUGAGCUGAAGAUCUAUUGUGGUUACUACCGGUUUGUGCUGGUGCUGGCGCUGGUGGCUGUGCGGGCCAUGAUUUAUCAAAGUUCUGAAGUCGAUGGCCCUUGGGCUCCCGCCUUCAACCUGUCCGCAACCGUUUUGAUCCCAGCGCUGAUGUUGGCCGAAGUGGUGGAAGAUGAGAUCGUCACACGUGAGUUGCUUCCAGUGAACCCCGCAGGGCCGGGUCUUCUCAAACUCAACACGGCAGGAGACAACGCAGACCCGGCUCAGCUGAUCACUUUGGAGCAUUUGCCGAAUGUCCCAGAGAAUGACCCCUGGAAGAUGAUGGAGCUUGAGACAUCGGGUCGUCCAAGAUUGUUUGCAAUGAAUUCAAGGUUGCGGAGUGACAAGGUCAAAGAUGACUUCCAUGAGGAGGACGGCAUCGGCAUCAAGCCUCGGCGAGAUGGGCAUAGCCAGCUGCGACACGGCAGUGACGCAGGCCACGCAGGCCUCCGUCCCGAAGAAGAGUGUGUCCUUGGGCAUCAGCGAAACCUACAUGUGGGCGCGUCUGAGACGUUGGUUUGGACAGCCACGGGCCUUGAACUCUUCCGCCGCACUUCAUGGGCUACGAGAGUUGCCCUUCAUGAUCCACUUGAGCUUCAUUGGCAUCGUGGCUGAGUUCACUGCGGGUUUGCUGGGCCUGCUGGUGGGCGCCGGAUACAUUCGUGGCAUUUGCCCAGAGCCCUUAAGUGGUGCAGAUCGCAUGAUGGGCCUCCUUUGGUGGGAUGCCCCUUUGCCGUGCUGAGGGGUUUAGACAUCGAAUGCUGAACGGAUUUAGCUUGCUCUUCCUGGUCAAUCUGAAUCGAUUGGCUGAACUUAUUGAGGGCUCGAGUCUUCGGCACUCGCAGCCUUGGACUGUUGGGUGGAGCUUGCUGCACAAGCUGCGUUAGUCAAACGAUGGCAAGUUACGAGCGAGACAGUACGGUACAGGGAACGCAACGAGAUUUGCAACCCCUUCGUCGACAGCGGGCGCGCUCCUUCCAAGCGACCCACCUUUGUUUCUAACCUGUACGGCCGGAAGGGUGCCUCAUGACCUGUAAACUAAAGUCCGGUACUAGCACCGCCCAAAGAGCGAUGGUGCUCCACCCAAAGGGUGCCUCCUGACUGUCCAAUCACCACCCUGCUAUAGAUGUUGCAUUGUCCUGAGAACUCUGGAGUCUCCCCGCCGACUCAGCGACAGAUACCCGAUUUCAUCCCGUGCUUUUUCCUAACAAGUAGGCACAAAGCGU